GUGACGAGGGGCGGGGCCGCUGUUAUUAUCACAUCGCCGCGCUUCCUUCCGCGGUAACCGGAGGCUGCGGGAUCUGGGCGGCUGGACGGUGAGAGCUCCGGGAGAGCCGGGACACACCCUGGGCGGAACUCCCGCACAUUCCGAUCUGGUGAGGGGAAAAAUGGUGGAUCGUCUAGCAAACAGCGAAGCCAAUUCAAAGCGUAUCAAUGUAGUGGAAGGCUGCUUUGGAACAGCUGGCCAACCACUGGCUAUUGAAGGCAGAGUUCUCAUUGGGGAAGGUGUGUUAACAAAACUCUGCAGGAAGAAACCGAAAGCCCGUCAGUUCUUUCUCUUCAAUGACAUUUUGGUGUACGGCAAUAUUGUUAUUCAAAAGAAGAAGUACAACAAACAGCACAUAAUCCCUCUUGAAAACGUUACAAUAGACACCAUACCAGAUGAGGGGGACUUGCGCAAUGGGUGGCUCAUCAAAACCCCUACCAAAUCAUUUGCAGUGUAUGCUGCCACCGCAACAGAAAAGUCCGAAUGGAUGAAUCAUAUCAACAAGUGUGUUUACGAUCUGAUUUCCAAAAGUGGAAAGACCCCAAAUAGCGAACAUGCGGCCGUGUGGAUUCCAGAUUCGGAGGCUCAUACUUGCAUGCGCUGUAAGAAAGUGAAGUUUACACCUGUUAGCCGGAGGCAUCACUGUCGGAAAUGUGGCUUUGUCAUUUGUGGACCUUGCUCUGAGAAAAGGUUCCUUUUGCCGAACCAGUCUUCGAAGGCCGUACGGGUUUGUGAUUUCUGCUACGACCGCUUGUCUAGCGGAGAUUUGUCUUCCAAUCAGUCAACCAGAUCAGACUCCCUAUCCAAUUCCCCCAAAACAACCAAUCACCUAUCUGAUGAUGAUGACGACGAUGAUGACAGCAGUGACUGAAUCCUUUUUUUUUUUUUUUUUUUUUUUUUUAAAGCACACCUUGGAAGGAUUGGUUUGUAGGGGUGACGAGUGGAAUAAAGAAAUUUUGUGCUGCUUUUUUUUUUUUUUUUACUGUUUUAAAGUGGACACACAACACACUGUGCAACCCCUGAGUUGUUGAUUACCCUUUGCCUGAGAAUAUUUAACUACUUGUGCCUUGAUAUAACAAUCGUGUUUUGGUUCUUUCAGGGAGUACUUUAUAAACCUGUAAAGCUUUUACUGUCUUUCUGAAGCUUCUGCAGGUAGAUUUUCAUGUUUAUCACGUCUAAGAAAUGUGUUUUUUUUCUGAGAUUUUCUAUUUGUUGUGGUUUUAUAAAUCAGAACAGUGACGGAAUACAGUCAGUGAUCUGAGGUGCCUUAUUAGUGCUAAGAAGUGACUUCCCGCUGUUGGUGCAUAGUCAGACACCUUAUAUAAGAAUAAAAUAUUCAUUUAUAGAUCUUUUUUAAAAGCCCUUUUUCCUCCUUUUUGAAAUGUCUUUUUACCUGAAUAUUAAGCUUUGUAUCUUCAAACUCAGGACUUGUUAGCACUGUAUUAUCCUUCUAACUCAUAUCUGUAACAGACUAUGAUGCCUACCCUGUAUUACAAAUGUUCAUGAGCCAAGUCAUAUGCUUGCAAAAACUAUUCCUAGCUCUUUAAGAUUUGGUGCAUACUAGCCCCCCAUCCCUUGUGCUAUUUUUAUUUGUCAUGUUGUUGUAAAAUUAAUUUUGGAUCAGUAAAUCUGUAUAUUAGCAAGGAUGUGUAAUAUGCAGUGGAAUUUUGUAGCCAGCCUAGUCUUAAAAUCCAGGGAUGUCUUUAAUUUCACAGCAAUAAAAAUUAAUUUGCUCCUGGG